AUGAGCGGCGGGAGGCGGAAGGAGGAGCCGCCUCAGCCGCAGCUGGCCAACGGCGCCCUCAAAGUCUCUGUGUGGAGCAAGGUGCUGCGAAGCGACGCGGCCUGGGAGGACAAGGAUGAAUUUUUAGAUGUGAUCUACUGGUUCCGACAGAUUAUCGCUGUGGUUCUGGGUGUCAUUUGGGGAGUGUUGCCAUUGCGAGGUUUCUUGGGAAUAGCAGGGUUCUGCCUGAUCAAUGCAGGAGUCCUGUACCUCUACUUCAGCAACUACCUACAGAUAGAUGAAGAAGAAUAUGGUGGCACAUGGGAACUCACGAAAGAAGGGUUUAUGACAUCUUUUGCCUUGUUCAUGGUCAUCUGGAUUAUCUUUUACACUGCCAUCCACUAUGACUGA